AGUGUCAUACUGAGACGUUGAACUAUACAAAUAUUUCUAAACUAUAGUAUGCUAUAGUAGUAGCACGUGGUUUCAUCAAGUUUCUUCAUUGUUUCAUUCGAUUUUAGCAAAUUUUGGUGACUGAGGUGGAAUCAGGUGGAAUGAGGUUGCUGAGCUGAUGUCUGAGGUCCACCAAGGUCCACUUGUUAGAGUUGCUGAGAGUCUGAAGUCUGAGCUAAUCUGCGUUUUUACGAGCAUUUCUUUUUAGUCUUACUUACCCUCAUCCAGACUUGCUCAGACUAAUCCAGUGAUGCAGUCUAACCUAUCAGACCUAACCACACCAGCUGAUGCCGGAGAAUAAUAUAGUCGAGUAUAGUAUUUAUAGAUUGUAACAAUGUUUAAUCAUUUGUGUUUGAAGAAUGCUGUUGUACGCGCCGAUGUAAUUAGUAAAUUGACAUUCUUUUACCGGCCUUUAGCGAAGAAUUCUAAAUCAAAAGCUCCUGUAUUUUGUAAAUCGUAUCAUUCUCCACCUAACUGUGCACUUAAAGAAAGAAGUACAAGGAACUCGACUAACCAAUGGGAUCCGGAUGUAUUUCAUGUAAAUACAAAUGUGCAGAAUAAUGUAAUACUGUUUAAAUCUAAAUCUACCAUAGCUACAAAUAUAUUGCGAUGUGUCACAUUCGGAUGGUCUUUUGGCUCAAUGACGCUCGCAUAUUACACAGUUGAUAUAAAAGCAUUGUUGACAUGGACGAACGGUGUAUUGUGGAAAGAAGUUAAACAGGCAAUUAAAGACAAUAUAUUCUACAUUUUAAAUAUGUUAAUAGGACCUAUCACGGCUACUAUGUCGCAUUUCAUAAUUCGACGAUUUAUAAGGUGUAUCAUUUUACACAAAGGAGGCAAAUACGUAACUCUAACUACUCAUCAUUUAUUGAAAAAGGAAAGAAUUUUAACAAUUCCUGUGGAAGAGAUAAAAGUUAAUACUUUGAUAAAAAGGAACACUUACACAUCAUUGAAAAUUCGUGGCAAAUGGUUUUAUUUCAUAAUGGAAACCGAUGGAACAUUUUACAACCAACAACUGUUUAAUAACACAAUUGGACUUGCGAAAACGUGGUAAAGUAAUACGCAAAUUACGAUAAUAAUAAUGUAUUGAUAAAUUAUUUUGUGUUUGUUUAUAACUUGAUAAAUAAAAUACAGUUAUUCGAUACACAAA